AUGGCAGCAAGUUCCCCCUUUCUCAUAUCUCUUGCACUAGUACUAGUUUUAAUCAGCUAUUGUUCUUUGGUAACUGCAGAUAGUGGCACCGCAACCUUUUACAGUAGCUACGGUCAUUCAGCAUGCUAUGGGAACAAAGAUCAGGGUGUGAUGAUUGCGGCAGCCAGUGAUUCAUUCUGGAACAAUGGGGCUGCUUGUGGACAUAUCUACAAAGUUACCUGUACAGGUCCCACUAAUGCGGUCCCACAUCCUUAUACGAAUACACCCACAGUGACGGUGAAAAUCGUUAAUCAUUGUCCUGGAUGCGGAGGAACCAUUGACUUAUCUAAAGAAGCAUUUGCCAAGAUUGCUAAUCCUGUAGCUGGUGUCAUCAAGAUCGAAUACCAAAGGAUAAAAUAA